AUGGAAAUCAGGUACAUCAUCGAGAUUUGGGCGGACAAUUGCCAGGAACAAUUGGCUAGGAGGGAUGGAGUGAAGCUGGAAGGCGCUGACGUUCUAAAGAAGCUGCAAAUGGAUGGCAAUCAGACCUUGAAGUACGGUCUCCUGCACGGUAAACUUCUCGGUUCAGAUGGGAUGAGUCGGGACUUAGGAUGGCACCUUACUCGGAGUGACCGAUUCGGAAUCACUUUCGUGGGCGCUGAGAUCACAAUGGAACAGGUCAGAUUGACAUGGACUUGUGACACAACGGGUAUCGCGGUCCUGAGGAGGUCCACUUUGAGUUGGCGGCUCAUCCACGACCUUAAUGCGGGAAUACAUCCUCCGGAGCGUCCGUUCAUCCAGGACAAUGAGUCAUGA